ACUCCCUGGGUAGGAGUGGAAGCCUCCUGAACUCAGAAACUUCCAACACAGUUUCCCAGAGAAAAAUGGGCACGAAGGGCAAAGUUAUUAAAUGCAAAGCAGCCAUCGCCUGGGAAGCAGGCAAGCCCCUUUGCAUUGAAGAGGUUGAAGUAGCUCCCCCCAAGGCUCAUGAAGUUCGCAUUCAGGUCAUUGCUACUUCCCUGUGCCAUACUGAUGCCACUGUUAUCGAUUCUAAAUUUGAGGGCCUAGCUUUCCCAGUGAUCGUUGGCCAUGAGGCUGCAGGGAUUGUGGAAAGUAUUGGGCCAGGAGUGACCAACGUCAAACCAGGUGACAAAGUAAUUCCACUUUAUGCACCUCUAUGUAGAAAAUGCAAGUUUUGUCUGAGUCCACUCACAAAUUUGUGUGGAAAAAUCAGUAAUCUCAAAAGUCCUGCUAGUGAUCAACAACUAAUGGAAGACAAAACCAGCAGGUUUACCUGCAAAGGAAAACCAGUCUACCAUUUCUUUGGAACCAGUACAUUCUCUCAGUACACUGUGGUGUCAGAUAUCAAUCUUGCCAAAAUAGAUGAUGAUGCAAAUUUAGAGAGAGUUUGUCUGCUUGGAUGUGGGUUUUCAACUGGCUAUGGGGCUGCAAUCAACAAUGCCAAGGUCACCCCUGGUUCGACUUGUGCUGUCUUUGGCCUAGGAGGUGUGGGUCUUUCUGCUAUAAUGGGUUGUAAAGCCGCAGGAGCUUCCAGAAUCAUAGGUAUUGACAUCAACAGUGAGAAGUUUGCGAAGGCUAAAGCCCUGGGAGCCACUGACUGCCUCAAUCCUAGAGACCUACAUAAACCCAUCCAGGAGGUUAUCAUUGAAUUGACCAAGGGAGGUGUGGAUUUUGCCCUUGACUGUGCAGGUGGAUCUGAAACCAUGAAAGCAGCCCUGGACUGUACAACCGCAGGCUGGGGAUCAUGUACUUUCAUUGGAGUAGCUGCUGGUAGCAAAGGAUUGACUAUUUUUCCAGAGGAGCUAAUAAUCGGCCGUACUAUAAAUGGAACAUUCUUUGGUGGUUGGAAAAGUGUGGAUUCUAUCCCAAAGCUGGUCACUGACUAUAAGAAUAAGAAAUUCAAUCUGGAUGCAUUGGUGACCCAUACCCUGCCUUUUGACAAAAUCAGUGAGGCAUUUGACCUAAUGAACCAAGGAAAAAGCAUCCGAACAAUCCUGAUCUUUUGAAGAUGCCAGGAUCAAUUUGGAAUACUACCUGAUUGAAUGCGAACCUGUCUGGUUAAUUUAUUACCUGAUUUGAUGAACCAAGGAAAGCCAUGAGUUUAAACAAAUAUUUACAUUUAAUAUGGGAACAUAAAAGAGCUUUAAAUAUUACAGCCUUUGGACCUGUUAUAUAUAUGAAUAUUCCCUAUGUUAAUAAUAAUAACUAGUGUUUAUGAAUAGAAUCAUAUCAUAUUUAGAAAUUGUUUAAAAUUAGUUCUGGGAAGUUGAAAGUGGGGAAUGAAGAGAUAAUAAAUAAAACUAGAUUGGCCA